AUGGCAUUGCUUGUCUUCCUAGUUUUCUCCCUGUUCCUCCAAGGAGCUUUUGGUACCCUCACUACCAGUCUUCAUUUUUCACCCAAGAGUCGCCAACAGCCAGGGCGUAUCGGGAUGACCACCUUCACGGGCCUUAAUCAGAUCAGCCCGACGGGCUUAACGAGCCAAAAACCACAGUCCAUGUUCAUGGCUGUUAGGCUCUUGGGUGAAAUUAUAUGUGAGGAGUUGCCUGUUGGAAUGUGCUCCUUAUCAGUUGCAUCUUCGGGAAAACGAUGUUUGUUGGAAACUUCUGCAACAGCUGGUGGCACCAUGGAAUACCAAUGCAAGACAUCCGAGGUGAUGGCAAACAACAUGGCUGAAUUGAUCGAGAGUGAUGGCUGCAUAAGUGCUUGUGGGCUUGAUAGGAACUCAGUCGGGAUGUCGUCCGAUUCCCUCCUUGACCCUCAAUUCACCUCAAAGCUUUGCUCACCGGCUUGUUAUCGGAACUGCCUCAACAUUGUUGACCUCUACUACAAUUUGGCUUCGGGAGAAGGAGUGUUUUUGCCAGACUUGUGCGAGGCACAGCGAACCAAUCCACGACAUGCAAUGAGCCAACUUCAGAGUUCUGCGUCUGGUCCGGCCUCUGCUGCUGCUAAUGGUCCUGCCUCUUCUUUUGCUGAAGGUCCCAUGUCUAGUGAAUUGUUUGGAUCCGUCGCUUGUGCUCCAGCUUCAAUGUAA